GGAGACGCUAUCCGCUUCCAUCCGUCGCGCAGACCCUGCUUGAGCCACCGCCGCUAUGGAUGAUCGGGAGGAUCUGGUGUACCAGGCGAAGCUGGCUGAGCAGGCUGAGCGAUACGACGGUGAUUGUUAAAGAAACUAUUCACACAUGGAAACCUGCUCUGCAAUAAAAAGGAAUGAACUGUUGAUACAUGCAGCAACCUAGAUGAAUCUCCGAAGAAUUAUACUGAGUGAAAAAAACCAAUUUCAAAAGAUUAUUUACUGUAUGAUUCCAUUUGUAACCAUACCUGAAAUGAAAAAAUUAAACAGAAAUGGUGGAGUCAAUGAAGAAGGUGGCAGGGAUGGAUGUGGAGUUGACAGUUGAAGAAAGAAACCUCCUCUCAGUUGCGUAUAAAAAUGUGAUUGGCGCUAGAAGAGCCUCCUGGAGAAUAAUCAGCAGCAUUGAACAGAAAGAAGAAAACAAGGGAGGAGAAGACAAACUAAAAAUGAUUCGGGAAUAUCGGCAAAUGGUUGAGACUGAGCUAAAGUUAAUCUGUUGUGACAUUCUGGAUGUACUGGACAAACACCUCAUCCCAGCAGCUAACACUGGCGAGUCCAAGGUUUUCUAUUAUAAAAUGAAAGGCGACUACCACAGGUAUCUGGCUGAAUUUGCUACAGGGAAUGACAGGAAGGAGGCUGCGGAGAACAGCCUAGUGGCUUAUAAAGCUGCUAGUGAUAUUGCAAUGACAGAACUCCCACCAACGCAUCCCAUUCGUUUAGGACUUGCUCUCAACUUUUCCGUAUUUUACUAUGAAAUUCUUAAUUCCCCUGACCGUGCCUGCAGGUUGGCAAAAGCAGCUUUUGAUGAUGCAAUUGCAGAACUGGAUACUCUGAGUGAAGAAAGCUAUAAGGACUCUACACUUAUCAUGCAGUUGUUACGUGAUAAUCUGACACUAUGGACUUCAGACAUGCAGGGUGAUGGCGAAGAGCAGAAUAAAGAAGCGCUGCAGGAUGUGGAAGAUGAGAAUCAGUGAGACACAAAAGCCAACAAGAGAAACCAUCUCUGACCACCCCACUCCUCCCCAUCCCAUCCCUUGGAAAUUCCCCCAUUGUCACUGAGAACCACCAAAUCUGACUUUUACAUUUGGUCUCAGAAUUUAGGUUCCUGCCCUGUUGGGUUUUUUUUGUUUUUUGUUUUUUUUUUUAAAAAAAAAAACCAGUUUUCAAAAGUUCUUAAAGGCAAGAGUGAAUUUCUGUGGAUUUUACUGGUCCCAGCUUUUAGGUUCUUUAAGACACUAACAGGACUGCAGAGAGGCUUUUUCAGCAUUACUGUAUUGUCUCCGUGCCAGAUGUGGCAAGGUCACCAUUAGAAAGGAAAUUGCAUUCGAAAGCCAUUAGACUUCUAGGUGAUGCAAGCAUCUAAGAGAGAGGUUAAUCACACUAUAGGGCAUAUGUGGUAACAUUUUUCCUUUUUCUAAUUGUUUAAAUUGAAUUUUAUACCAAUGUUUAAAAUUAAUUGGGUAUUAGUUUGAGAUGGUUAAAGGUUGUUUGGGGAGUUUAUUAUAAUGAUUUUGCUGUAAAAAGUGUUUAAAACUAUGCUGAGAUGUUGCUGAAAAGCAUGGUGCUGGUAACAGUUCAACAAUCCGUGGCUGCUCAUUCUUGCCUACUUUGACUCCCUCUGAAGCAGGUUAGCAUUGAAGGUGGUAUGGAAAAGCCUGCAUGCGUGUUCAAUUCUUUGUUUCUUCUCCUUCCCUCUCCCUCUGGGGCCCCCCACUCCUGCCCUUCUUCGCUCGCUCAACCUCUUUCUUUCAGUAUGUGUAACUUGAAGCUAAUUUGUACUACUGGAUAUCUGACUGGAGCCACAGAUACAGAAUCUGUAUUGUUCUUACUGAAACACAGCAUGGAAUUAACAUUAAACUUAAAUAAAACAAACCUAAAUUAAAAAUGCCAAAUAUUAUUGCGCCUCCAUCCUUUAUACUUCUAAAAUAAAAUCUCUAGUCCAAACAAG